GUAGUGAAUGUGUACGUCAGCGUUGUGUGUGUGAAUGUUUCAUAUUGAUUUAUGAAUAUAAUAGUAUUCGCGUGGUUGCACAGGUAGCAUUAUAGUGACAGAGGUGUUCAGUAAUUCACUUUUUUUCUGUCUAUGGAUUUUUUGCAGCUGCUAUCAUGGGCGUGCAUCGUAUUUACCGUCGGGAUGUUCUCGACAGGAUUGACCGACCUAAAGAAAAUGAAAGCCUCUCAGAGUGCAGAUAAUGUUCAGUUCCUGCCCUUCCUUACCACAUGCCUAAAUAAUCUAGGAUGGCUGUACUAUGGAUUACUUAAGGGAGAUGGAACAGUCAUACUUGUCAACACCAUUGGGGCCAUUUUACAGACUAUAUACAUCAUUACCUAUUGUCAUUAUACCAAAGAGAAGAAGCGCGUGCUGACACAGACACUGGUGAUGGUGUGUGUGUUGUGUGUAGGCUGGGUGUAUUUUAGUAUGCUGAUUCCUCCUGGACAAACACAGCUGUCUCAGCUGGGACUGGCCUGUAGUGUGUUCACUAUCAGCAUGUACCUCUCUCCUCUCACUGAUCUGCUGCAGAUCGUACGCAGCAAGUCCGUAGAUCGGCUGUCAUUUUCCCUGACUGUCGCUACAUUUUUUACAUCCACAUCAUGGACGCUGUAUGGCCUUCAGCUACAAGACUAUUAUAUCAUGGUGCCCAACACGCCAGGCAUCUUUACUAGCCUCAUCCGCGUCUACCUUUUCUGGAGGUUUGGAGCAGUCUUUGAAAACAAGCCCACGUAUAAACUCAUCCAGAUCUGACCAAUUAAGUGUCUUCUUAACUUUCCUUUAGUUCAGGGGUUCCCAAACCUUUCAGCCCUCGGCCCCCAAAAUAACAUUGCCAGUGACUCGAGACCCCCACUAUCCUCGGAGGUGGUUAAAGUAUACAAACAUUGCGCACAACUGCGCACAUGCACUUAUUAGGUCUAUCCAAACAUGUGCAUAACGACAACACAGAAGAGCACAGUCUAACAUAAUAUUAUUUUAUAGUUAUUUACUCAUUACUUUACUUGUUGUUAUACAUAAACUAUGAACUAUUACUACAGCUGGUCAAAUUUCAUCAAACUUAUUUGAGUACUGAUGGAUGUACUCUGCCUCUUUUCAUACCUGAGGACGAUGGCCUUUCUGACUGCGGCGCUUCUCCGCCCUCCUGCGCUGGCCUCCCUGCAUUGUCUUUGGUCAAUAUUAACCAAUGUUUCUUUUCAACAAUUAAAAAUAUCCUAAACUUGAAACCUCAUCUUGCGACCCCUACUUUGGGAGCCCCUGCUUUAGUUUACACGAUAUUCAGGAGAUUCAGUUUGCCUGAAUUGUCUCUCUCUCCCUCUCUCUCUCUCCCCCUCUCUCUUAUGACACUGCCACUUUAAAUUUUACAAUGACACAAUCUUUUGAUUUUGUAUCGGUUUUGGUUCAAUAGUAUUGUUAAAGAAGUAGUGGUAGGGUUUAGUUAACAAUAGCCCAAAUUUGCAAACAUGACAAGCUCUGAACUUCGUUAAGUUUUCUGUUUUUGUGUUUCCUCUUAAGGUUAGACCUUCAAAUGUAUAAUAUUAAGCAUCUAUCUAUUUUUAUUACUUGGGGUAGACGGUUCUAAAUGCCUUUCAGGCAAAUCCUAUGUUCUAUUUUUGUCUUAUAAUGAAUGUACUCUUUACAAAUAUUGUACUAUCUACUUUAUUUCAGCUUUUUAAUGGCAUAAGCAAACCAUACUUGAUUGUGUCCAAAUGGCAGUUUGGCAGCUAUUUAAAUACUGCUUGACUUAGUCACGUCCUAAACUUCUUAGAUGUGUGCAACUUGAAAAGAGUUUGUCUGAACCGUAUUAAACAUCAAGGAAGUCUUUUCAGAUUCCAGAAUCUGCAAGACAUUAGGAAGUGCAGAAAGUCAGAAAUGCACAGAAUAACACAUCUUCAGAGUUUGGAGAUGAGUGGUUUAUGCACAUUCAGACAGCAGUAGUGGGUCUUAUGUGCGGGCCAUUGAGUUUUAAUGAAGCUUAUUUCUAUUGCCAUUCACAACAAGCCCCUCCCCACCACCUUCUUUACAUAUCCUCUUCCCUAUUAAUUAAUUGAUAAAAUGUCCAUAUAAUGAUAUCAGAAACAUACGUUCCCCUCCCCUGCAGAUGCUGCAUAGUUGCUUAAAAACUAAAGGCUUUAUUUAUUGUGAGUUGAGAAGUUUGAUGGAAGCUGCUUAAAGAGGAAAAAGUAAAAAAUUCACCCAGUUACAUUUUUACAUAUUCAAAACCAAUAACAAGGCCAGAUGAACAUGUUAAAUGGUUAGUGGCCAUGUGCUUUGCUGAAAUUGGUUCAGCUGUGACGGACACAAAAAGCCGAAACAUAUGUCAAAGCCUAAACUCUUAACGGGCAGUUUCCCAGACAGGGAUUAUCCUAAACCAGCAUUAGGUUUUAGUUAAAUUAGGAUAUUUACGUUGUUUUUUAAAAACAUUCUUUACAAAAAAACAUUACUGCGUUCAUCUCGAGACAAAACAAUCAUAAGGAUACAUUUUAAGAUAUGUCAGUGCAAGUUAUUUUAGAUUCAUACACCUCUAACAUUUAAGUUAGUCUGGGACCAGGCUCUUAAGCCCUUUCCGGGAAACCACCCCUAAGUGUAUGUUAGCGGUUUACCUGAAUAUCAUUUGGUACUUUAUUUACUUACACCUAUUUUGUAGAUAUUAAAAAAUGAUGAUUUAAAGUCCAACUCGUGUUGCUGUUUUGUUUAUGGUUUUAAUGUUAUACAAUUAUGUUUUGUGCUUUACAUUAAUAUUCCUUUGUACUAUUUUAUAUACUAUGCAACAAUACUAUUAUAUCAAUGGUGAUUUAGAGGGAGCAUUUGUUUUUAUUGUUUAAAUAAAUUUUGGU